AUGGAUCCUCGACAUCCAUAUUAUUACAACACCCAAUUCAACCCAUCAAACGAUAAGUUUUUACCAUUUCCUGAAGAGAAUAUCAAUUAUUAUGGAGGAGAUUCUCAAUUUCCUUCUCAUCAACUAUCCCAACCAUCUUAUCAACCAUCCCAAACUUCUCAUCAAUAUUGUGGUACUAGUGUUCCACAAUCAAGUAACUCAAAACCCCUGUCAAAACAACCAGCUAUCCGACAUAAUAAUUGGACCAAGGCUGAAGAUGAAGUUCUAUGUUGGGCGUGGUUGUCCAUUACCUCUGAUGCGAUUACGGAGGCAGACCAAAGUAAGAAGAAGCUAUGGGAGCGAAUUCUGGAACAAUUUAAACAACAUAUUGGUGUUCCAACUGAGCGAAAUGAUGGAGGUUUGAUGAAUCGUUGGUCGGUGAUCCAACAAAAAAUCAGUAAAUUUUCCGGCUGCAUGACUACCAUAGAAAUGAAUCGUCCCAGCGGCUUUAGCAGUGAUGAUAUGAUGAUAGCAGCUAAAAACCUGUUUCGUAGCCAAACAGGCGGUGAAUUUAAGUUAGAAAGUUGCUGGGAGAUCUUGAAGCAUAACAAUAAAUAG